AUGGUCUCCAUCCGCUAUACCCUCGCUGCUGCCGCCGCUCUCUUUGGCGUCGCCAAUGCCGACCUGUCAAUUUUGGCUCCGGGUGGACCGAACUUGUGGUGGGUUGCCUCUUCCACGAAUACCCUCCUCUGGACGUGCAAAGACUCCCAAUACCAAAAUUUCACUAUCCUCGUCGCGAACUCUAACCCCAGCAUCCUGAGCGCGCCGCAAGCCAUCAUCGCCGUGCAGAACAACUACGACUGCUCCAAGACCAUCACGGACUCGCAGUCCGGCUACCCGCCUGCGACCGGCUACACCGUGCAGCUCGCGAACCCGCUGAACAGCACCGAAAUCUACGCCCAAUCCCAGGAAUUCGAGAUCAAGCCUCUCGGUUCCGCAUACCCCGCGUCUAGCGCG